UAUUUGGCCUAUAAAAUGAUGGGGCGAGCUGACAGAAAGCUGCGUUCAUUCCCAGAAAAGCUAGAGAUCAGGGAAACCCUGUGGAAUCUCUAGAGGAAAAAGGGUGCUCGCAUCGGUCGAUCGUGAAUCGACGCAUGUAGCUGAUGUUCGGAGUCCUAUAUAUCUUGCCUUCUCUUCUGCUCUCUCUAUUCUUGAUCUUUUGAUACCCGAGAGGCCGUCGAUAUCUUUCGUUGUUUUGAUUUUCCGUCUCGUUUUUCUCGUUCCCCCCCCUCACGUAGGUUUCUGUAAGCUGAUCCGUACGGAUUUUCCCUAAGAGCUCAGGCUGCUCAGACAUCAAACUGUCUUUUUUGUGAAUCAGUUUGAAAACCUUUGAUAGCAUAGGUUUCUUGUUUUUUCCCAGAUCUCGAUCAAAGAACCCUCUCUCUCUCUCUCUCUCUCUCUCUCUGUGCUGCGAGUUCGUGAAGGAGCCGCCGCCAUGGAAGCAGUUGCUGCAUCUUACGCACCGGAUCACCAGCCGAUCCCCCCAUGCAAGCCAAUCAAGACGAUGCCGAAGAGAAACCACCACCACGGCCACCAUAGCUUCACAGCGAAACCGUCUCCCACGAGCACCGUCUACGGCGGAGCAGGAGGAGGAGCGGGUCAUGUGCUGCUCUUCUAUCCACCUCCUCUUUCGCGCUCUCUCUCCUUCUCUCACCCUCCUCCGUCAUCACAGCCGGUCUCCAGCCCUCUCGGCUUCAACAGCGUCCCUCCUCGUCACCACCAGGGCCAGCCACCUUUGCUCCCUUUGCCCAAACCCUACUCUUCCCUCUCUCUCCCACCCCCUAAUUCUAACGUGAAGACCAACAAGCCCCAGUCGUCGCCGCUCACCCCCAAGAAGUCUUCUCCGAAGCGGCCGAAAAGGCGAGACCCCAACAACAAAAAGAAGGACACCAAGAACCCGGUGAAAUCACCCCCCGCCCCACGUUCGGAUAACCCGUCAGCCGACGACGGGGACGCGAUUAUCGGGUCAACAUGCUCGAUGGGUCCCGACCCGGAUGAGCUCCCAAGGCACGUCUUUGUGUCCAAGGGUUCGUUGAGGGGCGAUGGGGGUUUCCGCUCUCUUGUUUUGGGAGAUUUGGAGAAGUUCUCUGGCUCUGUGAUGUACGCGAUAUCGCCUCCUCCGAGCAGCUUGCCGUUGCCCAAGUUCUCUCUGCUGAGGCCGAAGCAGCUCAGCUGCAACGCCGAGGCCGCCGGAGUCGACGCCGGCGCGACCGACAAUCUCCGGCGGAUCCUCCGUCUCCCCUGAACACGUUUCUGCAUACUUUCUUCCGAAGCUCAAGAAGGGACAAACUCGAGCUAAAAGGGGUCCACACGAUCGCCCGACCUGAACCGCUUUAGUAUGGUUUUGUUCUGGUGGUAUGGUGAUGUUUUGUGUCUCCGUGUCUGUCUGUGUGUACGUAGAUCUCUUUUGGGUGUUCUGAUUUUCUGUUUAUUGUCUUCUUUUCGUUUCGUUUCUUGCUUCUGAAGAUCCAUUUGUGGCCACCUCCUGCUUUUUAGAAAUGGGGUGCACAAAGAAAGUGAUCGACACAUAUAUGAAAUAGUUACUGUCGUUGAAAGAUGCAA